AUGAGCAGCUCGCAAUAUGUCCACCGGAAAACCGUACCAAUCAAGCGCGGCGAUGCUGAACCGCUUACUCGAAAGGACGUCCAGUUCGCUGUUCUUCACCAUAUAUUUUCGGACACGGCGAGAGUCUUCACAGAUCCAUCACCCGGGAAGGCGGCCAACAAAGUGACCUUCGCCGAUCUAUACGUCAAUGCGCUCUUCAACUCUAGCAAGUGUUCAAAGGUGUUGAAGGACAAGAUGGUCGAGACGCCGCCUUUCGCACUGGAAUUUGCGAAGAUUUGCCUCCUGACCAACGUUGGUAGAAUCAACACAACGAUGGCCUUUUUCCCGGAAAUGAAGACAGCGCUUAGAUCAUACCAUCCGGUCCCUUCAUUACAGAAAACGGAUGGCAAUGCACAGGAUGCGCCCCGUAUCAAAAACUGUCUAAAGGCUGCUUUGUUGCCCUCUGAAUUCAAGAACGGACCGCCGUCUACUCCAGCUGAAGUGAUCACAAAAGUACAAUCUGGACAGAAACCUCCGACUAGUGUAGUUAAUCUAAUUUUUGUCCUAGCGAACCAUGCCUCCGUGAGAUCUCUGCCCCACUUCGACCCACCCACGGACUUCCUGGAUCUCUUCAUGCCGGUUGAAUUGUCCUCGGCUUCGCGCGCGCGUGCUUUCCUUUGGCUCAUCUUCCACUAUCUCGAAGGCACAGAUGUACCAAAUCCCUUUUGCGACGAGUACGCUCGACAACAUCCGGGAAAGGUCCCCCGUCUUCGUCAUAUCACGCCCAGGGAAAUGGAGGAGGAAAAUAUGGAUCCCCCUGACGAGAUCGAAUGGGGCAGAAAAAUGUCUCAGCUUAGGAGCCAAUUCUUACAGAAGCUCGUGAACCAGACGGAGCAUGAGAGACGCAGCAUCCCCUCGCCUGCCCCUCCGCCUCUCCAGAGGGAUCUUGCACCUAGGAGGCACCGAACCCAACAUCCUCCCGUGCACCAAGGUAGUAGAGGAGAGACGUUUCACCACUACGUACCCAAAGAGCGGGAACAACUCAAACCUCGGAAUCCUCAGCCUAGAGCCCCUGCCCCCACAGCCCCUGCGCAAGGGAGCGGAGGGCUCGGGGAUGCAGAACGCUCCAUGCUACAGCAGGCCUGGUUCUCAGUGAACACGGCGGACCCAUUGAUGGACUCCGACGAAGAAUACGUCGACGAAAACAUGCGUCUAGAGCUACAACGUCGACUCAGUGUUAUUACCAGGCUGCGAGGGAAGUCCGCGACUCCUUCACCACCGCCCGAAGAAGGAGGAUAUCGUGCUGGUGCCGAAGGUGAAGAGGGACAGGAUUUUGAGCCACCACGCACUUUCACGGGUCAGUGGCAGCAAGCACAAUGGGACUAAUCUCUCGGCAACUUUGAGAAAAUGGAUAUGGACAAUUCUCCGACAGCAGGAACUGGUCAUUUGUAUCGCUACCCACAUUCUAAAGGAAC